AUGGCUUCUGCUACUUACGAGACGGCGAAAACGCGUUUCGUCAAGGUGGACGGCCUUACCUUUGCCUAUCGACAGCUCGGUGUGUCGCACGGCAUCCCGCUCGUCAUGUUUCCGGGCUUCAAACAGACCAUGGAUCACUGGGACCCGGCACUGGUCAAUCCUCUUGCGGCCCAGCGUCCAGUGCUGCUCAUUGACAACGCCGGCGUUGGUCGAUCCGAGGGCCAAGUUCCCGAUACUUUUGCCGGCUGGGCAGCGCACUACAGCGCCGUCAUCAGGCACCUCCUGGGCCAGGGCAGCAAGGUGGACGUGUUGGGCUAUUCCAUGGGCGGCUGCGUUGCGCAGCUCAUGGCCCUCGACGCGCCGGAGCAGGUCCGACGGUUGGUGCUCUGCGGGACGAUUCCCAGCGCCGGAGACGGCGUUAAACCCUCGCCCGACGGCAAAGCCUUCAAACGUAUCAAGGCGGCCAGGACUGACGACGAGGAGCGGCAAGCUUUCGAGCAUGGCUUCUUCCUGCAGAGCUCCGAACGCAGUCGAGAAGCGGGCAGGCUGGCAUGGGAGCGCAUCGCCGGCAGCAGAAGAGAUUCUGGCGAAGAGAGAUGCGAACCGGUACCCCCGGGGCCAGCUCAUAAGCAGGCGCUUGCCUUUGUCAGGUUCAUGGACAAGAAGCACGCUUCCGAGGGGAGUUAUGACCGGUUCCAACAGCUGCGUCUGCCGGUGUUAAUUGCCAAUGGCUGCGAAGAUUUAUUACUGCCAACUGACAACAGCAUCCUGAUGUGGAAGAUGCUUAGCUUCGCGGAUGCACGACUGCAUCUGUUUCCGGAUUCGGGACAUGGGUUUCUGUUCCAGUACGCCGACGAGUUCUCGAGGCUGGUCAAUGAUUUUCUUGGCAGCAGCAGCAGCAGCGGCAGCGGCUCGAAUCGCGGCAGCCGGCUUUGA